AUGGCAGUCACAUUUUCAGUCCUCAUUAAAAUUUGUACGACAGCGUCUAAAUUCUACUCUUUUCUCCGCACCUCCAUUUCAAUAUACAGGAAAAAGUGGAAGAGCGCUGUGUACGUACCGAGUUGGGCUGGCAAAAGUUUUCCGUCCCACCCCCACGUGGGGGGGCAAAAAGUGUUGCCGACGGGUGAGCGUUUGUAUUUAUACCUAUGUUGGGGAAAAGUUUUCCGUGUUGCGGGUAGGGGGGAGAGGGGGGGGCGCAUGCGCCGUUUGCCCACCGCAGAGGUGACGUUACAGUCCUGCUCGGGACUGACGCUUAGACGCAAGGGGUAUAUGCGGAGGAGGUCUCAAGUGGUCUUGGGUUAUAUUGGGGGCGCAAUCGAUACGGGCAGGCUCAAACGGUCGCACCCCGUACCAACUAUAGGCUAA